CUGGCGGAGAAAAGUGGGACGUGCAUGCAUGACCCCCUCGCUCCACUUUCUUUCCUUCUUUGUUUCUGUCUCAAAUGUGCAGCGGGCUGCAAAGAAAUCCUUGAACUACCUCGCUGCGGUGUUUUUUUUUUUUUUACCCAUGCCGACCGCGCUCGCACUGCUCCGGGUUUGAAAAAUACGCGCUGCAGCUUCUGAAGAAGUGAGCUCUGUCAGUGCGUGCCAACAUGGGGAGGUAUUUCCACAGUGAGGUGGACAUUAAGAGCCCGUGGCAUCAGGUGCUGGCCGCCUUCUGGCAGCGCUACCCAAACCCAUACAGCACCCACGUCCUCACGGAGGACGUCCUGUACCGUGAGGUCACCUCCAGCAACCACCUGGUGUCAAGGCGACUGCUGACGAAGACCAACCGCCUGCCGGGCUGGGCGGAGCGGGUCUUUCCCGCCCACAUGGCCCGGGCGGUCUAUGUCCUGGAAGACUCCAUCGUGGACCCGCAGGCCCACACGCUCAUCACCGAGACGUGGAACCUGAACCACAAUACGCUGAUGACCGUCGUGGAGCGGUGUCUGUUUGAGGAGGACCAUGCUCGGUCAUCAUGGACCAAACUGAAGAGGGAGGCCUGGAUCUCCUCAGCUGUGUACGGCCUGGCUCGGCCCAUACAGGAAUUCGGUCUCGCCAGGUUUAAAAGUAACCAAGCUAAAGCCAUGAGAGGGCUGGAGUACGCUCUGUCCAAGCUGCAGACCGGUGACCAGGGAGAGUCAUCAGAGAAGCACAAGCCCCUCCCAUCGCAACCCACCUCCAACCAGAAACCCAAACAGUUUGUCUGAACCUCGUUAGGAACAAAAAAGCCUGCGUUGACUUGUCUGAAGAAGUAGCACUGAAAGGGGUGGAGCAUCCACUCAUCCUCAGCUCUGAUUGGUGUUCAGCUAAUCAGUCAUCCUCCUGUGAACUACAGUAAUUCCCCAGAUUCCUUGGGACUGAUUUAUCUUAGUUUUAGUUUUAUUUUUUGAAGGUUGUUGUUUUGUCAGGUAAUUCAUUUCAAAAUGUUAUGUGAAAAGAUUUUAUUAAGAAGUUAAUAAUUUAAGUUUGUUAAUUGUUCUUAUCUUUAUUUUUAUAUUUUUUAAAUGGAAUAGUUUUUAUCUUAUUUCGUAGUAUUUUCUGAAUAAUUUAAUUAAUCCUGGCUUUCUUUAGGACUUCUCACAGUAAAUGUUUUAAGAGCUUUUCUAUCAGUAGGAAUAGCUUGACUUCAGAUUAAAGCAGUUCAGAAUCAGACUGUUGUAGAAAUGCAUGUUUUAUAGUAUGCCACUGUGGUGCAGGCAUUUACCCUCAGGUGGUAAGCUCCUGAUCUUAAACUGUAACAGAUAUAUGUUCUGGUUAGUUGGCGAACCAGGCCACUGGCAACCCAUCAAGGCUAAAAGACGGGAAUAGAGUUGAGUUUUUUUAAGCUUCAUGCUAAAUAGGUCAUUUUUCAGAAACUAGGAGAUGUUGUAUUUCAGAUAUAGUUUUGUCUGUUUUGGCAUUACUGUUUUUCCAUUUAGUAGCUCCAAACAGGCCAAAAAUUCUAUAGCAAGGGCUUGACCCUAACCCUAGAUGAGUUGCCGGUGACCUGGUGGGUAUUAAAAAGCUAUUGUUGCAGCAUGCCUACCUGUGUUUAGCAAAAUCAACCAGUGCUUAAGCACUGAACACUGCAGUUCCUCUAAUGUCCACUUGAGGCUGGUUCCAAGAGUGAGUCAGUUCCCACAGAUUCAAAAUGUUCAACUUUACAGCAGAAAUAAACAUGUUUACAGCAUGCUACAACAAG